GUUAAAAGAUGUAAAUACUGGGACCAGCUCACCCUGCUCAGCCUGACCUAGCAGUCUGACCUAGCAGUCUGACCUAGCAGUCAACAUGAAGGCUGUCAUUAUUCUGGGGCUUGUCCUCCUUUCUGUCACGGUCCAGGGCAAGAUCUUUGAAAGGUGUGAGUUGGCCAGAACUCUGAAAAGAUUGGGACUGGAUGGCUACAGGGGAAUCAGCCUAGCAAACUGGGUGUGUUUGGCCAAAUGGGAGAGUGAUUAUAACACACAAGCUACAAACUACAAUCCUGGAGACCAAAGCACUGAUUAUGGGAUAUUUCAGAUCAAUAGCCACUACUGGUGUAAUAAUGGCAAAACCCCAGGAGCAGUUAAUGCCUGUCAUAUAUCCUGCAAUGCUUUGCUGCAAGAUAACAUCGCUGAUGCUGUAACUUGUGCAAAGAGGGUUGUCAGUGAUCCACAAGGCAUUAGAGCAUGGGUGGCAUGGAGAAAUCACUGUCAAAACAGAGAUGUCAGUCAGUAUGUUCAAGGUUGUGGAGUGUAAUUGCAGAAUUUUCCUUCUUCAGCUCAUUUUGUCUCUUUCUCACAUUAAGGGAGUAGUAAUUAAGUGAAAGAUCACACUACCAUUAUUUCCCCUUCAAAGAAAUAAUAUUUUUACAGAAGCAGGAGCAAAAUAUGGCCUUUCUUCUAAGAGACAUAAUGUUCACUAAUGUGGUUAUUUUAUAUUAAGCCUACAACAGUUUUCAGUUUGCAAAUAGAGCUAAUACUGGUGCAAAUUUAUCUAAAACCUUGGUUAUCAAAUACAUCUCCAGUACAUUCGGUUCUU